UGAUGGUUCACAUGUAAAAGAUGUUACGAAAACUGUACCACUAAUCGUUGAACGAGUUCUCUGUGAAGAAUAUGAUUCGAUUAUUCCUCCUGAUAAUGAGAUGAAUGGUUAUCGAAUUGGAUUUCGAGACUUUGAAAAAAUGAUUGAUCCAACGAUAGACAAAUUCAUUAGGUUAAUUAAUAAACAAUUAGAACAGUUGUUAAAACUUUAUAACAACCGCAAAUGUAAAGCUAUGUCCUUGGUAUGA